UCAUGAUCCUGAAACUGAAUUUGUCGAAAAACAAACUUAUGAAAUUGUACAAGUUGAAAAGCAAUUCUGUGAAGUUGGUGUUCAGGUUAAAAGGCAAUUCUGUGAGGUUGGUGUACAGGUUGGAAAGCAAUUCUGUGAGGUUGGCGUACAAACAUCUGAAUCUAUAAUUCAAAAUCUUGAAAAUUAUAUAUAUUUACUUCAAGAACAAUUAAAUAAAAAAAUAA